AUGAAGGAAAUGAAGAAGAGACGCUUCAGUUUAUUUCCCAAUCUGAAGUUUGGAAAUGACUCCAGCUUUUCGCAAAGCAUCGAAGAAGAUGAUAAUUCAUUUCCCUUUGCCCUUGACAGCUCUGUUAAGCAGUGGAAUUCCAUGAAGGAGCUAGGGGAGCUUCACAACAAUGCAGACAAUGAUGAAGAACACAUUGAAGAUUGUGGUGGCCGCGGCCAACGAUGGUCCCCGAGAGGAAAGGUCGCAAUGCUAAAGCUUAACAUUGGUGGCAGGUUGUUUCAGAUUGCCACUAAGGUGGCUGCCCGCUACCCUUAUACUCGUAUUGGAAAGCUGGCACUUUGUCCUGACCCCAUAAAGAAGCUUUCGUUGUGUGAUGACUAUUCCGUUCUCACCAAUGAAUAUUUUUUUGACCGGGAUCCCACUCUAUUUCACUACAUUUUCCACUUCUACCGAAGCGGGAUUUUGUGGGUCAUGCAAGAGCUGUGCCCGAUGAAUUUUGAAGAAGAGAUCCAAUACUGGGGUCUGCGCAUGAGGGACAUGCAUCGCUGCUGCCGGAUUCUCUUUGAGGAGAAGCAGGAUGAGUUGAAGGACUAUCUAAAGAUUCAAAGGGAGCUAUUGGCUCAAAUCGAACCCGAGCACAAGGAAGAGCACUUUGAGGGUAUGUUUCUAGGUGAAUUACGGAAAAACAUCUGGAAUUUGAUGGAAAACCCUUACUUCUCCAUCCAGGCCAAAGUGUUUGCCGUCUUUUCCAGCCUUCUUGUGCUCCUCUCCAUUGUGGCUAUGACUCUCAACACGGUGGACGACCUACGUUACACGACCUCCAGCGGAAAGACUUACAUGGAGCACAUAGAAACAUUUUGCAUCCUGUUCUUUACCACGGAGUACUUCCUGCGUUUGCUUUGUACCUGCAACAUUAAGCACUUCUUGCGCAGUGCUCUCAAUUUUGUGGACCUGCUGGCCAUCAUGCCUUACUUUGUCCAGGUCAUGUUUGAGUGGUUCGCCAACCACGAUGACUCGAGCUAUGAAGAAGACUUGCAGGCCAUGCGGAGGGUCAGUAAGUUCAGCAAAAUUCUGAAGGUGAUUCGCCUGAUGCGCAUCUUCCGUAUCCUCAAACUAGCACGCCACUCCACGGGACUGCGAGCGUUUGGCUUCACCAUUCGACAGUGUUAUCAGCAGGUCUGCUGUCUCUUUUUGUUCAUCGGAAUGGGAAUCUUCACUUUUUCAGCUCUCAUGCAUUCAGUGGAGCACGAUGUCCCAGGUACUCCUUUCAGCAGCAUCCCGGAUGCCUGGUGGUGGGCAGCGGUGAGCAUCUCCACUGUGGGCUAUGGCGAUACAGUUCCCGAAUCGGUACUGGGUCGAUUUGUCGCUUUUGGAUGCAUCUCUUUUGGAAUCAUUCUCAACGGCAUGCCAAUCUCCAUCCUUUUCAAUAAGUUUUCAGACUACUAUGCCAAGCUGAAGGAACAGGAGGGUGACACUGCUGUGAAGCUUCGUGGCAAGGUGCGUUUAAGGCAAAGAGCUCUGCGCAAACUGUCAGAGUGUUUGGAAGGUAGCAAUGCAGAG